UCUCCAACCGGGAAGAACAUGGCGGCGCCGACCACGCGCCUGCCUGGGCGAGCCGAGCUCGCGCCUGAAGAUGGCGGCUGCGAGCGCGCGCCUGGGCGACGGCGGCGAUCGCGGCGGCGAGAGCGCGCCUAGAGACGACGGAGGCGAAGGCGCGCCGGCGACGGCGGCGGCGAGCGCACGACGGGAAACGGCGGCGGCAAGCGUGUGCCUGGGCGAGGGCAAAGACUGCGGCGGCGACGCGAGCGCGCGACUGGAGACGGCGCGUGGGCGAUGCGGCAAUGACGGCAGCGAAGGCGCCCCUGGACGUCGGUGGCGGCGAGCACGCCUGGACGCUGCGCAACUCCAUCGCCGGCCACCUCAAGCACCACGCCGGAGUCCACCCCAAGUUCCGCGGACUCAUCACCGGCCUCGCACAGAUUCUGUGGUAGGAGCAAAACAAGACAUGAUUGACCUCACCGUGCGCUCUAAAAGGAAUCAUCACAAAGAUUGGAGAAGCUGCUAGGACACUUCAUAUAAAC